AUGCCGUGGAGAAAAGCGUGGAUCAACCCCGCCGAUUUUGAAGGCCGGGAAGAAGAGCUUAAGAGCGUUCUAUCGAAAAGAGCCUACGAGGUUUGGGUGUCUGAAGUCAUGUUGCAACAGACACGUGUGUCGACUGUCAUUCCAUAUUUCAACAACUGGAUAGCAAAAUGGCCCACAGUGGAAGACCUUGCUGCUGCAAAUCAUGACGAUGUGCUCUCCGUCUGGAAAGGCUUGGGAUACUACUCCCGUGCAACUCGGCUUCACGAGGGCGCUAAGCAGAUGACGUCUGCACCUAGUGCUUCGGGCGUAAUUCCCAGUGGGGCGGCUGAACUUCAACAAGUACCAGGUAUCGGGAGAUAUACUGCAGGUGCAGUAUCCAGUAUCGCAUUCGGCGAGCCCGAGCCAGUGCUCGAUGGAAACGUUGCAAGAGUGUUAAGCCGGCAGCUAGGCCUGUACAUGGACGCAAAAGACAAAAAGACGACAGACAUCAUGUGGGACAUGGCGGACCAGUUGAUUAAAUUUGCGUCCAACUACCCAGAACAGCGGAAAAGCGCGGUACCGGGAUUAUGGAACCAGGCGCUGAUGGAACUCGGAUCUACCGUCUGUACUCCACGACCACGGUGUGACGAAUGUCCCAUACAAGCCACGUGCAGAACAUACAGCGAAGGGAAAGCGUUGUCUGAGAAGCGCCAAGCAUCUACUGCCAUCCCGGACAUUGAAGAUGCAUGCAUGCUGUGUGCGCCACUAGAUACCGAAGAUUUGGUUACUAUUGCCGAGGACGAAGCAACAGACGACGCACAAAGAGCUACCAAGAAGAGAAAAGCUGCUGUGAAGCAGACCAACACCCUCUCGAAUUACUUUACUGUCAGCACAUCGAAAACCAAUGCUGAUACCGAAACUGAUCAAGAGAGCGCCGACGACACCCCAGUGGAAGAGUCGAAGAAGCGAAAACUGCCCCCACCGGCUUCAGAUAUAAAGCCUAUUUUGAGCUAUUGCUCCUUGUUUCCUAUGAAGGUCGCAAAGAAGAAGGCUGCGGAGGAAGAGUGUGUCGUGCAGUUCCCACAAGUCUCACUAACGGCAUCACAAAAGACGCCGCAGCAACGCAAGGCUCUUGCCCAGAAACACGUUGCUGACCUCGCUGCAGGCAAGGUUGAUAUGAGUCAAGCGCGUUAUGUGGCGUCUUUGUCGCCAUUGGUCCAUGUCUUCACUCAUUUAAAGCUCACCAUGCACGCCUAUCAGUUCAGGAUCGACGCUGAUAACGCCAAAAGUUUCGAGCCGGUAUGCAAGGGCCCGCCGGCCCGCAAGUGGGUGGACGGUGCAUCCAUGGACGACGAGACGUUGUCGACCGGAAUGCGCAGAUGCUGGGACCUUCUCGCCAGCGAGAAAUAA